UCUAAGAAUCAGGUUCUAGAAUAGUGAGAACAUGAUUUACAACCACUGAACCACAUUGAGAAUAAUAGCCUAAUUCCAUUGAAUCAAUUUAUUGUAUCGAGUUGAAAAGACUUAAGAUUCGAGACGCCACAAGUCCCUCUAAAUGAGCCCUAUCGUAGCGCUGAGUCAGCAACCCUACGAUCCGGAGAUCGGACAGGUCCCUCCAUGUUUCAUUGAUCCCUGUCGGUACCACGUCAUGGUAACACCCUUUUACUACUUGGUGGCACCACACCACCAAGGAACAUCGUGACAAACGUGGGGCAAAGAGCUUCAAUUCAGCUAAUUUUCCCGCAUUUACUCUAACAAUUGUCCCAAUAUCUGCAAUUAACUUACCAUAAUACACAAAGCCUCCUUAUUAACAAUUUGCAGUGGAUUUAUAUAAUCCACGUUCCUUGUCUCAGCCCGCGUUUCAUGAAUUCGUCGUUACCUAGGACCAUCGCAAAUCUAUCGUCCUCCCGACUCUCGGUCGCCAACCCACGUGCGGUAUUUAGAGGCUAUCCCGUAUUUAGCUGCGUGCUUGGCCCCCUUAGUCAUAGCAAGCCGCAAUAUUUAUCACUCACCAGUCAUCUAUCACCAACAAGAAGAAUAGCUCCUUUCUCAACAACCCCUCCAAAGAAACCCAUAACCAUGGCCUCAACAACCGAAACCGCGAAUCUAAUCGAAUUCGCCAAGCGCGCCGCCUGCCGGCAAGCCGUCGCCGACAACUUCAGCCCGGAAUUCACAUACGUCGGGAUCGGCAGCGGCAGCACAGUCGCCUACGUCGUCGAAGCAAUCAGCGAGCUCGGCGCCUCCGUAACCAACAAAAUGAAAUUCGUGCCCACGGGUUCCGGUUCCACAUCCCUAAUCCGCAACGCCGGGCUCUCCGUUCUCCAAGUACCGGAUCUACUCCUCGAAGUCGCGACCGACGUGACCGACCACCAACCUAUUGAUAUUUAUUUCGAUGGAGCGGAUGAGGUAGACGCGGAGCUGAAUUGUAUUAAGGGAGGCGGCGCAUGCCAUUUCCAGGAGAAAUUGGUCUCGCGCUUAUCGAAGCGGUUUAUUUGCGUAGCAGAUAGCCGCAAGAAAGCCGACCGCCUGCUUACGAACUGGACAUAUGUCCCCGUUGAAGUAUCACCUAUGGGCGCCGAGUACGUGCGACGCGAGCUCUUACGUCUCGGUAGCGAUGACCCCAAAAUCCGGACCUCGGGACCGACGUUCAUCCGCACGAUUACGGAUAAUCAUAACCAUAUCAUCGACGCGCCAUUCCCGACGCUGCUGCUGAAUAGCGAAGCGGGUAAACUGGAUCCCGCGAAGGGCGUGUGGACGCCGGAUGCGCUGCUCAAGCGGAUUAAGGCUAUUUUUGGUGUUUUAGAGGUGGGUAUUUUCUCGGGGUUGAAUGGCCCACAGGUCGCGAAGUUAGGUACGGAUGUAGAGGGCGUGAAACCGGUAAAGGCGUACUUUGGUAGGGCUGAUGGGCAAGUGGAAACAUUGGGUUAGGGCUGGGUCUACUAUGUAAGGGAUGGAAUAUUCGAAAAUAAUUAGAAGUGGUUCAUCCAUGUACAUGUGUGGUACGAAUUAGGAAUGAAUGAUAGCUAAUAGCGUUCAUCACGAAGGCACGUGAGUAUGAGACACAGAAUCUGUGUUACUCUUUGACGACGCUUGAACUGGAAUCUGCGAAAAAGGGUGAUUACAUAUACUAAAUGUCAUACCCGCAAU